AUGGCGGCGCCCAUCUGUCGAAACUGGAGUUUUGUGCGGCGGCAUGGGUCACGUCUUAUUCUAAAAAGAACCUUACCAUUUUUUAGUCCUGAAGACAAAUCGAUCCGAUCUGUGUCGAGCAGAAGUGGCAUUCUUUCGUCGCUGUGUCAGCGUGGCAUUUUGAAAGAGUCCUUCCCAGCAGAUGCUGGUCAAGUUGAACUCCCGACGCUGCUUCAGUCGGGCACGCAGACCGUGUACUGUGGUUUCGACCCAACAGCGGACAGUCUUCAUGCAGGAAACCUGCUGGCUAUUAUCGGUCUGCUACACUUCAGAAAUGCGGGCCACAAUGUCAUAGCUGUCAUUGGAGGAGCCACUGCCCUGAUAGGAGAUCCUAGUGGUAAAACUACAGAGAGAGAGCGCCUGUCACCUGAUGUCGUGGAGGAAAACUCCAGGGGCAUAAGGGAGAGUUUACAGCGAGUAUUCACAAACCAUGAACUGUAUUUUUGUAGCGACCCUAAAAAGCUAGGUAUGAUGUCGGUAGUUAAUAAUGCCAGCUGGUACAAAGACUGGAGUGUAGUUUCGUUUCUGUCGGAGGUUGGCAGGUAUUUCCGAAUGGGAACCAUGCUCAGCAGACACAGUGUACAGUCUCGAUUAAAGAGUUCAGAAGGCAUGAGUUUUACAGAGUUUUCGUACCAGCUUCUCCAAGCCUACGACUUCUAUCAGCUCCACCAGCGGCAUGGUUGCAGAAUCCAGCUCGGUGGGACAGACCAACUGGGUAACCUGAUGUCUGGCCACGAGUUCAUUCACAAGAAAACAGGAGAGGAGGUGUAUGGUCUCACCAUCCCCCUGGUAACCACUUCUAUGGGUGACAAACUCGGGAAGACUGCAGGAAACGCAGUCUGGCUGAACAGAGACAAGACAUCUCCCUUUGAACUAUACCAGUAUUUCCUGAGGCAACCAGACAACAAUGUGGAACAAUAUCUUAAACUAUUUACCUUCCUGCCUCUAGCAGAAGUGGAUAAGGUUAUGGAGCAGCAGAGAGAGGAUCCAGGGAAAAGGAUAGCACAUAAACGUCUAGCUGCGGAGGUCACCAAACUGGUCCAUGGCAAGGAGGGCCUGGAGAGUGCCAAAAGGUGCACGGAUGCCCUGUAUCACAGUAACUUGGAGGCUUUGCAACAGAUGAGUGAUGAGGAACUGCAGGAGCUCUUUAGGGAGGCUCCAUUUCAUGAGUUGCUACUGGAGCCUGGCACCACCGUCCUGGAUGCUUGUCGUCAAGCCCAAGCCAUCCCAGAUGGAGCCCGAGGGUAUCACAUGAUCACACAGGGCGGUGUUUGGAUCAACCAUCAACGGACAGACAUCCCAGAACAAGUGCUGAUCCCAGGUCAGCACAUCCUGUCCAACGGCCUGUCCCUUAUCAGAGUAGGCAAGAGAAACUUCUACCUCCUUAAAUGGCUUUCUGUGUGACA